CAAUUAGAGGUACAAUGCAUUGUUCAGCCUCUACAACAAAACAAAGUUGUCUUUAUCUUCACAUUCUGCUCAUAAUGCUCCCGACGGAUAGACUUAAACUGCAUCUUCCUCGUCAAAGAAGGCAGUUAUGACAGAACCUAUUGUGGACUGAUUUUCAUGGACAGCCACAUCCUCCUAUUCUCUUCAUAUGCACAAAGUAACAGUACAUGCCCACCACUAAAAAAAUGUUUUGAAAAAAGUACUCUUCCCCUAUAAAUAGAGCCUUUAAAAAGCAGGGGGUGUUGAAAAUGAGCUUUUGUGUGCAUGCAUACAUCCAGCAUUUGACACCACCACUUCUGUCUCAGAGAAAAACCUCUCUUCGGGCAACUGUGGUCUCUAUGGUUACUGGAAGGGUGGAAGUGAGAGAGGAGGUGGAGACGACGGGAGAAAAGAAGGGGAGGUGGGAGAUGCUUGCAGACACUCACCGUCUCCUCUUGGCUCUCAAAAACGGCCUUCGGUGCGUUCUGUGAAGCCGUGUGUGUUUGUCUCUCACCGUCUAAUUCGACCUUCUGUUCUCCCGUCUCUCAGCUCAGGUGGUGAAGUGCUGUGGAGUGGUCGGUACUAAUGUGAGAGAGUUUGCUCUGGAAACAUUAGCCUCAUAAAAUUUCUCCUCCCAAACCCAUUCACCGUGUCCUCCAUCCCAUCCGACCCGCAUACACAUGCACAUGCUCGGCGGGACCCGUUGCUGAUAUUCUUAGCAGACACAUCACUGUCUGGCAGAUCCCUGUGUCACCAUGGAAACCCAGCAUCACCCCGUUUCGGUGCACACUCAGCAUCAGAGGAGCACGUGGAUGAGCUCCCAGGCAGUCAUCAAUGGCUAUUAGUUUGCAAACAAACACACACAUGGUGCACGGCAGCAGAAAUGUGACUCUGUUCUCUGAAAGCUCACCAGUUAUGCAAGACCUCCUGCCUGUAAUGAAUAAGAAUAGUCGAUUGUGUAACCAGUUCAGUGAUUUGAUACAGACAGAUGCAGAUCUUCACCUAACCGGAUGUUGCAUUGCAGUCAGCUUCAACAUGUUUCAGUGGCAGUCACAUUCCCAAGCACGAAUAGCACUCCACCACUAACCAGUUGUUCUUGUGGGACAGCUGCAAUGGCUCAAAGUCCCUCCCCACUGCCAAAACACACACACCUAUCGAGAUGCACAGGAAUGUCUCCCCAGUGCCCUGCACAGCUAUACGCCAGUUCUCUUCGUGCUUGCUUUAUUUUGAAUGUUAAGCGUGUGUCAGACAGACUCCUCCAUUGAGACGCCCACUUUUCUCGCACCUCCUCGCCAGUCCAGUGGGGAGUGAUGACUCAAACCUAAAUGAGCCUUUAUUUCUCUCUCAUUAUCUCUCCCCGUCUCAAUUCGACAAGAAGCGUUUCACCCUGCUGGGUGUACUUUCCUGUGCACUUAAUGCUAAAAGUCAUCAAUAAUGACUCAGACCUCCACAUUACAUGCAAUUUUCUUCUACUUUUUUUUUUUUUAAAGCUAGGUAGGCUGCUCCUUGAUCUGAUCUGCACAAAGGAAUAUUUCUCCUUUGAGAUGUGAUGUGUGGAAUGAAAUCUCCCUGCAGUGAAAGACGGAAAAAAAACUCCAAAUAAGACCCUGAACAAAGAGCGCUGCUGGCUGACAGAGGGUUGGGUCUGCUCUCCCGGCUGCAAUUUUCAGACACAGGACCAGAAUCGGAAACAAGGCAGCAGCAGCAGCAGGAGGAGCAGGCUCGUGACUGACAACAGCCUGAGCUGAAGAGGGGGUCCCAUUCCUGAGAGUGCCAACAUGGGGAAGGACUACUACAAGACCUUGGGCAUCCCCAAGGGCUCCAACGAGGAGGAAAUCAAGAAGGCCUACCGGCGCAUGGCGCUCCGCUUUCACCCAGACAAGAACAAGGAUCCUAGCGCAGAGGAGAAGUUCAAGGAGAUCGCAGAAGCCUAUGAGGUGCUGAGUGACCCCAAGAAGAGGGUGGUCUAUGAUCAGCUGGGAGAGGAAGGCUUAAAAACAGGAGGCAGCAGCUCUUCGGGUCCUCCCGGAAGUUCAUCGUACCACUACACUUUUCAUGGAGAUCCCCAUGCCACCUUUGCCUCCUUCUUCGGUGGCUCCAACCCCUUUGAUAUGUUUUUCGGCUCCAACCGCAGUCACAGUCGCUCCAACGGCUUUUCCUUCCACAACGACCACAGCAAUGACACGGAGCAGGACGCGGAAAUGGACGAGGAUGAUCCCUUUACCCAUUUUGGGAGGCAGUUUGGCUUUCCGGGGGGGAUGAACAAUGGCUUCCCAGGGGAAGGCCGCAGGAGGAGAGGCGUACCAUCAGAGCGCCUCGGGACCAACCGAAAGCAGCAGGAUCCUCCGGUCGUCCACGAGCUGAAGGUCUCGCUGGAAGAGAUCUUCCACGGCUGCACCAAGCGCAUGAAGAUCACGCGCCGCAGGUUGAACCCAGACGGACGGAGCAUGAGGACGGAGGACAAGAUCCUCAACAUUGUCAUCAAGAAAGGCUGGAAGGAGGGGACCAAGAUUACUUUCCCAAAGGAAGGGGACGAGACCCCUGAGAACAUUCCCGCCGACAUAGCGUUUGUGCUUAAAGACAAAGGGCACGCCCACUUCAAAAGAGACGGUUCCAACAUAAUCUAUAACUGCAAGAUCAGCCUAAAAGAGGCGUUGUGUGGCUGCACAGUUAGCAUUCCCACGCUGGAAAACCGCGUUAUCUCCCUCCCUUGUCACGACAUCAUCAAGCCAGGGACGGUGAAACGACUCAGAGGCGAAGGCCUGCCUUUUCCAAAGAACCCUUCACAGCGUGGUGACCUCAUCGUGGAGUUUUCGGUCCGUUUUCCCGACAGGAUCCCCCCUCAGUCCAGAGAAAUUAUCAGACAACACCUCCCCCAGUCCUAGAAAGACACAUCUCUAACUCCUCCACCACAAACUCCAGACUAAACCUGAGGAAAAAAACUACACUCCUUCAUCUACUCCUUCUUUGUUUGUAGUUACCCUCAUGUCCCUGUGAAUGAAUACAGCUUUGAACAUGUGCUGUGAUAAUUUAGGGACUUCACAAAAGGAAGAAUGGCAGUAUCAGGAUGUAAAGUACUCAUAUUUAUUUUGUCUUUCAGCCCAAACGCGCGCGCACACAGACACACACAGACCCACAAAUACAUACACACAAGCACCCUGAGCAGCAGAGCGGUGCUGAGGAUGGGCUCAGCACGAUUCUGGUUUUUAAGGGAACCUCUUUUCUUAACUGUUUUAUACGGAUUUAUCAGUGGUUUUAUAUGCCGUCCGACUCUGAUCCUCGUCUUUUUGUGAUAGGAUAAAGCGUGAAAUAUUUUAUAACAAGAACAGGAUUUUGUUUUCCAAACAUGUCAAAAAAGGAUUGCUUAAUGUUUACAUUAAGUGUACCAGCAGCUUCAGUGGUUUUUAGCAUAGCCUUUCCUUUGGCACAUGCCAGAGUUUUUCUUCUUUUUUCUCCCCCAUGCUUUCAAUCUAAUAAAGAAUUAUGCUUGAAAAUCUGUAGGCCAUUAGUAUGAUCUGUCUCCCCUAAAAUAUCCCUAGACGUGCAGUGCCACAGAGCUCUAAAAACUCUUGCAUUACUCCAAUAAUAUUAGCAUAGUUUAGCUGCAAUGGAAGAAUCUGGGAAUGACAAUCACGUAACUGUAACAGCAGUGUAAGUUUAGAUAUCUGCACAUAAUAUCGGUGCUUUCCCUUCUGAGCUGUGAACUGAAUAGCCUGGCUCAAUAUCUGAGGGACAUUUAGGUGCCUUAGCCCGGUGUCACACCACAUAUGUGAACACACAUACAGGUCACACUAUAAUAAAGACAAAUAGCCAUGAACACAACACAUGAUGCCCUAUGCUGUGUUAGGCGUUACCACCAGGACCUGGUAAUUUUAAAAAAAACGGUAAGCAAGCUAUGUAAAGUAAUUCACCUUACUGUACUGUAUGUAAGAAGGAUCAUUUAUAGGAAGUGAUUUGAUACAAGACUGAUGAUUUUUGCCAAUUCGUCUUUGUAAAGUGCCAUACAAGUAAUUGCUGGAUUUCCCAGAGGAAUGCAAGCGUGACGUUAGACCGAUUCCUGUGGGAAAGCCAGCUUUGUUGUGGGAUAUUCUGCUUUCUCUUGUGGCAUUUGAAGGCCAUGUCUCGGUGCUACUGUGAGCAAUGCCAAAAAGUAGACCGCAUUGUUGUCUACUUUUUUGGUUACAUGGAGUCCUCAGUUUCCGAUGUGAUAAAUGCCUCUGUUCCCUAACAGCUGUACAUCAAACGUUACAAACUGUACGUAGUGCAAAUAGAAAAACUGUUCUCUGUCUCAGCUGCAGGGGACGCCCUUGAGCUCUUCCUCGCUGUAAUUUGCAGCAGUGGUGAGAAUAUGUGUGGGUUAUGCUGACAGUCCUAGUAGGUCGAAUAAAUGAGGUGUACAGGAAAAUAUUUGAAUGCUUCGUGUUUGAUAAAUUCUCUUUUAUAUUGUGAAAGACAAAACUAUAAGAUAUGUUGUUGUUUUUUCUCUUUGGGGAGAGACUUGAAUGACUUGUGUGAUGGUCCUGUGGCAACAACCAGGCUUAACAAGUGCUGCUGCUGCUAAUCAAAGACUCACUUACACUGCUUAUUGUGCAUAUGCCAAUAUCUAUGAAUUUUUCAAAAUGAAAACAAAUAAACCAAAUGUGUGAA